UACUCCUUGCAUUGAGAGAAAAGAGCGCGAAAUCCCAACAUACUGAAGAUCAGCUCCACCAUACACAGAGGAAUUAUGCUAAUGCUGCCUUGGAAGUUGGAACCAUCUCCAACUCAUCGUCGUAUGUGGGUUGUGCCAAUUAUAUAGUCAGAAGUCAACAGCCCACAUCGAACUUACUACAGAAAAAGAAUAUCUGAAUCACAUCUUAGUAAGUUAUGUAGAAAAAUAUCUCGUUCUAAUGGCCAGAAUCUUCCGUCAGAGUUAGAAAGCAACAGAACAAAAACCAAAGAUAUGCUUCUCAGCAACUGCACGCCUCCGGUUCCUACCAUGAUUCGGUAUACUUCUCCAUCUAAAAUCAAAUCCAUGGCUACAGACAGGACCACAGCAACUUCUCCGCGGAGAAGGCCCAUGUCGGCCUUCGAGGCUCGAGUCUCUCUCGUCCUUGCCCUCGCUUCUCAGGCUUCUUAUCAGUCUCAAAGACGUAAAUUUUUAUUCGAUUUGGCUAAUGAAACUACGAAAUACUUGUUUCCAAAGAGAAGUGGGAGCCGGGAUUUGGAGGAAGCUUUGAUGGCAGUUCCAGACCUUGAAACGUUGAAGUACAAGGUAUCGAGCAGGAAAGAAGGGUACGAGAUUAGAGAACUUGAGCCUUAUUUUGUUGCUGAGACGACGAUGUCAGGGGAGACUGGAUUUAAUUUCUAUGGUGCCUCUCAGUCUUUCAAUGUUUUAGCGGAGUACUUGUUUGGGAAGAACACGAUGAAGGAGAAAAUGGAAAUGACUACGCCUGUAAUUACUCGCAAGACCCAGCCUGUGAUGACCAAAGAGGGGAAGUGGCAAAUGUCCUUUGUCAUACCAUCCAAGUACGGCGCUAAUCUGCCUUUGCCCAAGGAUCCAACUGUGAGGGUUGAAGAGGUUCCGGGGAGAGUUGUUGCCGUCGUUGCUUUCUCAGGUUUUGUUACUGAUGAAGAAGUUAAACAACGGGAAUUGAAGUUACGUAAUGCUUUGAAGAAGGACCCAGAAUUUAGAGUAAAAGACAGUGCUUCGGUGGAAGUUGCUCAGUACAAUCCACCUUUUACUCUUCCGUUCACGCGCCGCAACGAGAUUGCGCUGGAAGUGGAAAGGAAGGAAGAAUAGCUGCUUCACGAUGACUCAUGAUGCAUACAAAUUAAUAUAUGAAUGGUGGGGAAGAAUUAAGGUCAUGCAUGUUGGUGUUCAAUUGGCAACCGUGAAAAUCAAGGAGAAGAGAGAAGCACCUAUAUCACAUCUAUGGAAAAGCACGAGACAUCGUCGUGAGAUGACUAAUAAAAUCAUAUAAUUUUACAUAUUAAUAGAUAUCUAAUGUAUAAAUUCAAAUUACAAACUUGUAAAAUAAUAAAAAUCAAACUUUACUCGUGUUAACUCAA